AUGUCUUCCGACGGGCUCGAUGAUCUAGAAGCCAGGGCAGCCAAGAUCGUGAAGGCUGUGCAGCGUCUGGAUAAGCGGAUUCAGAACAAGGGAAGGCUCUUGCGCUAUGUUCGGUCAGAGAUGGCAGCCGUCCAAAAGAAGAAGGACAAACAGCAGGACUGUGCAGAGGACGGCGCCCUCUCUGCAAUGGAGUGCAGCAACCUGCCCUACUACCAGGCUAUUGUUGAGAUGUGCCAUUCUGUGGUCGCCUGUGGCGUCCUGAGACGUUUCAGUGCAGACGACGCCCAAGUGACGUUCGAAGUCACUGCCGGCUUGGCAACAGGCGCAGUCGCUUGGAUCAAGUGCUUCGCUCGAUCCCAGCACCGCUUGGAGCAUGACCACAUCCUGGAUCUGGCGAAAUCCUGUCUUCACAUCGCCAAGAUGAAUAUCAUCGGAGAUGCCACGCCGAUGGUGUGCUUCCGCUUCUUUGGGGGUUUGCCGCCAUCUCUCGCAGCAGCUGUGUCGGAACUCGGCAUUGAUGUCGCGGAGGGCGCAGUGCCGCCACAAGAUCCGUCAAGGACAACAGCAGGUUCCAUCAACCUGGACACGACCACUCUGAUCGCAUUGACUUCAAACUUGUCUCAUGGACAAGUCGGCUGGACCUUCAAAGAUGCAGAGCUCGAAAAGCAGGCCGCAAUGGAAGCCAAGGAGCCUGUCCUGCAGCAGCUCGCAUCCAUGCUCGGGGGAAGGCGGCUUGUGGUUUCUUCCACAGCUCUCGAAACCUACAAAGAGCUCGUCGAGAAAAUGGCCGGUGGCUACGAACGGAAGCGUGCUGACGAGAUCGUCGCUGCACUCAACGUUGCGGAAGCGGAACGGCCUGAUGGAUUCUUAACGUCUCGGAAGGUCUCGGAAGACAUGCUCAAAGUUGUCGGCGUUGGGCUUAAGCAUGGAAUCCCAACCUGUAUGGCAAACACCAAGGCAAUGAGAUCGAUCCAAGACCAGAGACAAGGAGUCCACAUGUUGCAACACAUGCCACGUGCUCUUACCGAAGGCGCACAAAGCAAAAAGACAUCGAAAAGGAACGAUCGUCGUCAUCCUAUGCAGGCUGAAGAGCUGCAGAAAUUGUUCGACUACAUCCUCGGUGUAGGAGAGGCUCCAGUCGUGGGGAGUACCGACCCUGACCCCACGGAUUCCCUCUCAGAGGCGGCCGACGCUCAGGAGGAUGGAGCAGACGCAUCCGGAUCUGAGUUGAAUGAUCCGCGCAGUCUCGAUGCCGGCCCUCAGCUGGACCUCACCAGCAUUUGUGCUUGCGUUCUUGCAGAUGAGACUUUCCGUGAGAAAUGCGCGCAGUGCCUUGGAGAGCUCAAGCAGGCUUGCAAAGAAGCCUUUUCAGGACCCGAGUUUCAGAUGAAGCCGUUCGACUGGUGCCCUGAGCCAGUCUUGACGGCUUUUGGCUCCACAGUGCAGGGCACAGCCAUCAAGACCUCAGAUCUCGACGUUCGCUUGUCCUUCGAGCAGUUUGAAGUAAGGGCCAAGGACAGACAAGUCCUCUACCUCACCGCGCUCUCGAAGCUUCAUGGAACUGCCUUCGAGCUGGAUCAGUUGAUUGCAACCGCGAGCUUACCACUGCUGCGCCUGUGGUAUCGCCAACUUCAGGUGGACAUUACAAUGGGGCUCACAGAUGAUCUGGAGGUGGACAAAGUUCUGGCGACAAUCCUCGAUUCGGCUGCGCCUGCCGUACGGAACAUGGUCUGCCUGGCCAAGGCUUUCGCGAAAACCAACGAUCUCCUGAACGCCUACUCGGGCUACUUGAAUGCGGUGUCCUGGGUUUGCUUAUGCAUCGCCUUCCUCCAAGAGGAAUGUGAUGAUGCCCUGCAAGCCAUCCCGCUUGAUGUUUGCACCUUCUCCAGGUUUCUGCAGUUCGUUGCCAAGUGCUGCCGGCGACAGCGACACAUAUCGCUGGGGCCAAGCAGAUCGAAGGGUCCGCGGCAUGGCCGAGCCACGCUCUUUAUCGAGCAUCCGACGAAUCCAAACAGGAACUUGGCACAGUGCUUGCGACAAAGCCCAGCUAAGAAGACAGCUGAAGCAUGUGAGCGAGUGGCGAAGCAACUCCGUGGUUGCCGCACUACAGGAGCCCUCGAAGAGAUCCUGCGAGGCCUUCUUGGCGUCAGGAAGCGGAAGGCCGAUAAGGACCCGGAGAAGGAGAUGGUUGAUGCGGGACACCUGUGCGGCCUGCGCGGCCUCAGCGAGGACUUGGGGACGACACUGCGGGUGGAUGUGGCGAAGGCUGCGAGUGCCUUUUUCAAGACCUUCCAGAUAGAAGGCAAUCAAGGAGGGGCGCCAGCAGCCUCCAUUGACACUACGGCGAGUGGUGCGCACCUGGUGCAGGAGCUUCUCUCCAACAAGAAGCUCACAGACGUGAUUUACGACAUCCUCAUGAAGGAUGCCCGGGUCGGCAAGGAGACCCACGUGUCCACCGAGGGCGGCUUGGUACAAUUUUCCGUGGAAGACAUUUCGGUCGACGUCGAAUGCCAGUAUGACCUGCGACUCUCGAGUUUCGGCUACAAGGAGACAGGCAACGUGAAGGCCCGAUUGUUCGGCGCCUCCAUGUUGCUGGACUUCCCCAUCGAGGGCUCCGGGCCCGGAGGCUGCCACUUCGGCAAGGGCCUCGACCUCGAGGUCCUCAAUGCCACAAGUGACCACGAUGCGCUGAAUGUAGCGAUCACGGACAUUUUGUCCAACAACAUGUUGGACCUCCACACGGAAAUUGUGCAGGAGAUGGAGAGCGGCUUAUGCCGCAACCUGCUCGAGCCCCGUGCGGAACAGCCCACAUUCAUGCACAAGCCGCUGGGCAAAGGGGAGUCCAUGUGGCCCCUGGUGCUUGGAACGAUUUUCCUGUUCUUCGCAAUGUUAGUUGCUGCUUUUCUUGCUGGUCGUCAGAGUGUUUACUUCGGUUUUUGUUCGUGUUUGUCCAGAUGUUGUGGCUGCUUGGCGCCACAAGCGUGGUCCCACACAGAGGGCCACACAAGCUCCGAGGAGUCUAAUUCGGAUGUAGAGAACCAGGUGUCUUGGGGCUGUCGAACGUGA